AUGGUGCAGAUACACGAUGAAGUACUCGAGCAACAAACACCGCCUCCGCCGCCGCCGGCGGCGGCGGCGGGGGACGAAGCCAUCAGCUACGGCGAUCUGGAGCGGCGGAUGUGGAAGGACCGUGCGCUGAUGAAGAAGCUGAAGGCGGACCCCACCUCACAAUCAAAGCUGGAGAAAUCCCGCCUGAAGAAAAUAUCCCGAGCACAAGCCGCCAUUCUCAAAUACAUGGUGAAAGUAAUGGAGGUCUGCAAAGCACAGGGCUUCGUCUACGGCAUCGUGCCGGAGAAGGGCACGGGCACCCCUCUCUCCGGCUCGUCGGAGAGCCUCCGCAAGUGGUGGAAGGAGACGGUGGAGUUCGACAAGAACGCCCCCGCCGCCAUCGCCCAGAUCGUCGUCGAAGAAACCGCCGCCGGAAAGAUGGACCCCAUCUCCUGUAUGUACCUCCUCCAGGAGCUGCCGGACGCCACUCUAGGAUCCAUCCUCUCCGCCCUUCUCCAGCACUGCCUGCCGCCGCAGCGGAAGUUUCCGUUGGAGAGAGGGCAGCCGCCGCCGUGGUGGCCGAAGGGGGACGAGCUGUGGUGGGGGGACCAGGGAGUGGCGCAGGAGCAGGGGCCGCCGCCGUACCGGAAGCCGCACGAUCUGAAGAAGGCUUGGAAGGUGAGUGUAUUGGCGGCGAUAAUACAACACAUGUCGCCGGAUUUGGAUAGGAUGAGGGGUUUCGUGACGGAGUCGAAGAUUCUUCAGAAUAACAUGACGGCGAAAGAUACCGCCACCUGGUCGAAAGUUGUUAAUCAAGAAGAAGCACUUUCCACACUGACGAAGAAAUCGCUCAAAAUAUCCGACGACGAAAACACGGAAGAGCAAGAAGGGUUAUUAGUCGACACCGCGAACGACCGGUUCGAUGCCGAGUCCGAUUUCUACAAUAACAACGAUAAGAGAAAAUGCGCGUUCGACCCUACUCCGUGUGCAAACGACGAAAACACGAAAUGCCGAAAAAGUGAUGGAAAUCAUAACAAUGAGGAUGAUGAAAUGGAUUUAGGGGAAUGGGUAAAAAUGGCAUUUGAAAGAAGUAAUAGCAUGUCAAUUAGGUCUGGGAAUUAUUGGGGAGAAAAUCUGAUUGAGGAAUUGCAGUUUGAUAACCCUAAUAUUCCUCCUCCUGCUGACGUGGACAUGUUCUUACCUGAUCAAGAAACUUGUUCAAGUACUUCUGUUUGGGAUUUGCCGUAUGAGGAUAAUUACAGUCAAUUAUAA